AUGGCGACGAUGACAGCAGAAAACACAAAGAGUUCGGUUGAAUCGCUAGAGAAGUCCGCUAAGAAGCAAUCUAAGUGGUCGGCAGAAGAAGAUGCGGUGAUCAUCGAUUCGCGAGGGAAGAGAAUGCAGUGGCACGAAAUCAGUAAGCUGUUGCCUGGAAGAAGCGCAACUAGUUGUCGCUUGCAUUAUCAGAACUAUCUUGAGCGACCUGAAUGGGACGAGGAUAAAAAGAUCAAAUUGGCUCAGCUUUAUGAGAGAUUCAAAGCAGAUAUGUGGAUCAUCAUCGCCCAAAAAAUGGAACUGCCAUGGCGAGCCGUAGAGUCCAUGCACUGGAAGAUGGGCGAGCAAGAAAUGGCUCGACGCGUGGGCGUCAUUCCGGUCCCUCGGUCUGAAGGUCCCAUCAAGCUGCGUGCUAAAGGAGACACGAGACACAAGUCCAAGCCACGCCAUCAUUCGCCGAAGAUCGAUCAUCAAAUCCGCCUAUCACCCCGGCCAGGGACUACAAUUCUUCCACCGCCGAUGUCUUCUCUUCAACCUCCAAAGCCAUCUCUUCCACCACCAACGUCUUCUCUUCAACCUCAAAUGUUUUCUUUACAGCCUCUAAAACAUCCUCAAGGGCAGCUUCGGCUACCGUCUCUUGAGAGACUGAUAGCUGGUGAUCCGGUAUACGGUACAGACAGAUCUUAA